UCCGGGCGGAGUCAGUCUGCAGUCCUUUUGCAGCAUGGGGGUAGUUCUCUUUGCUCCGAGUUCCCAGAGCGCAACACCUGGUUAAGUGCAACGCGUGGUCAAAGGUCGGGGUUGCCCGCAGACACUUUUGGUCGGAUCGGCUCCGGGUGUCAAUUAAUGUGUCUUCUCAACGUUACAACGAUCAAAUAACUUCGAAGUGCUUGUUUUGUGUGCUAGCAUGUGUUUGGUACCGCGGCUCGCCGAUGAGUUUACGCCCACGACGGCGACGGCGUCGAGAUGCUGUGCCUCGACCUAGUGAUACCCUAAAUAAACAAAGGCCUCGCCGUCAGCAUGCCGCUGUAGCUUCCCUAAAAACGUUUCCUCCAAGUGUCCACGGUGGUGUUCCAGCGCUAAACAGUUUCCAAAUUUCCGGUCAUGUAGCAUGAAGAUGUCAAGUGCGGGUUUCCUAGUGCUAGUCCUCGUGCUUUUAGUGACUUGUUCGGAGGCGGAACCGGCGACCGAAUUCGCGGAAGCCUCCGAUGGGGGCACGGCGUCGCUGCCGUGCAACCUGGCCCCCAGCCACCCCCCGGACAGAGUGAGUGUGGUGCUGUGGUACAGGGGCACGCAGGAGAGCCCCAUCUACAAGUACGACCUGCGGAGCAGCCGCCCCCAGCACUGGGCCGACGUGUCCCUCGAGAACCGCUACUUCCUGAGGGUGCUCGACGACGAGAGGGCCGUCAUGAGCAUCUCGCCCACGAAGCUGGCUGACGAAGAGGUGUUCCAUUGUCGCGUCGACUUCCACAAGUCCCCGACCAGAAUCACGCAUGUCAAUUUGACGAUUGUUGUGCCGCCGACUGGUGUCCAAGUGACUGAUGACUUCAACCAAGUGAAAAAUGGCAUCACCACGGCCUACGCUGAAGGGGCCAGUUUAACACUCACUUGCACCGCCACCGGAGGCAAACCCCUCGCCAAAGUCUCGUGGUGGCGUGAUGGAGAGCUAGUGACAGACGAGUCCCAGUUCUUCCCCGACAGAAGGAAAUCGCAAAGUGUGCUGAAAAUUGACAAGCUCACGAGAUCCCACUUGCUUGCAAUCUACAGUUGUGAAGUCAGCAAUAGCAGACUACAGCCUCCUCUCGUAGUCAGAGUCGCUAUAGACAUGUACCUGAGACCACUUGAGGUCACAUUACUGGGAAAUAACCCCGAAUUUAGUGCGGGAAAGCGAUAUAAUAUUACAUGCAGGUGUAGAGGGUCCAGGCCACCCGCAAUCAUCACUUGGUGGAAGGAUGGCGUGUCUCUGGAAGGGGGCACCGUGACCGUCAGCGCCGACGGCAACACCACCACCAGCGCCCUCGCCUUCACGCCCACCGCCGCCGACCACGGCCUCAUCCUCACCUGCAAGGCCUCCAACCAGCGCAUCCCCUUCAGCGAGCAGCAGCGCACCUGGAUGUUGCGCGUAAACUACCCCCCGAAGGUGACCCUCACCCUGGGCCACGGCCUGGACACCAGCGUGAUCAAAGAGGGUUCCGACGUCUACUUCGAAUGUCACCUAACGGCGAACCCUUGGGUGCAUAGAGUCUGGUGGCUGAGGGACGGAAACCGUCUACUGAGCAACGCCACCGCCGGAGUCAUCGUCAGCAACCAAACGCUCGUUCUCCAGAGCGUAAGUCGCGCCAGCUCCGGCCGCUACUGCUGCGAAGCGACGAACAAGGAGGGCACCUCCACCAGCCCGCCGUUCCACCUGCGAGUUAAAUUUCCACCGGUAUGUGCGGAGAGAAGCGGCCGAAAGGUCUUGGGAGCGGCCAAAGACGAACCGCUCAAGGUGGAAUGCAAGGUCGACGCCGAACCGCCGGCAUCGUUUUUCCGGUGGAGUUUUAACAGCACUCCGGGGAUCUCCCGGGAGCUGAGCGAGUUCACGACGGAGGCUGGCUGUAGCGUGUUGACGUACGUGCCGAGGGCUCCUGCGGACUACGGCACGCUGCAGUGCUGGGGCAGGAACGAGAUCGGCUCGCAGAGUGUACCAUGCAGUUACCAUAUCGUCCCAGCAGGAAAACCCGACCCGCCGCACACGUGCGGGGUUGCCAACGUCACGCACCACUCCGUGCUGCUCACGUGCAAGAAGGGCUUCGAUGGGGGCUUGCGACAGAAAUUUACAAUGCUGUUAAGCUCCGGAGAGGAAGUCAUUGCGAACAUGUCCACAUCAACGACGCCAGAUUUCAUCGUUACCAAUCUGGAAGCUGCUCAAGAUUAUUCCGCGACGGUGUAUUCGUUCAAUUCCAAAGGCUGGUCCAAAAUGCUGACUCCUGUGGUCUUUCGCACGUUGCCUGCGCCCGGCCUCAAGGAGCAAAGGAGGUCCACAGGACCCUGGGACGGGGACAAGGGUGGCACAGGACCCUGGCUUUACAUCCUGCUGGCCGCCGGCUCGACGCUGAUCGUCGCCGGGGCCAUUGGAGCGAUUAUUUUUGUUGUCAAAAAAUUUAGGGUGGACAGUCCUGUGAGAGAGCGCCGUCCUCGCAGUCCGAAAAGGGAAGAGAGUCCAUUGAAUCCCCGGGUGCCGCCGCCCUACACGGACCCCAUUACAGACGACAAAAACCCCGACCUGAUUCCCCCCACCAACGAAAGUCUUCUGGAUGCCUCGAUGGUACCCUACACGAUAACAGCUCGGCCAUCCAGUAAACGAAAUUGCGCGACGCAGAUGCCAGUGAAGCCCUACCACGUGACAUGGGCUCCCAUAUUGCAGUCGCGGAAUUGUGCCACUCAGACCCCACCCCCGCACAAGGAGAGUUCUGUCUAGUCUACCCCAACGACCCCAAUCAACAGUCUCGGCACCGGGACCAAUACCACCUGUGAUAUUUGUGAAUAUCUCAUAUUUUUAAGCAUUGACAUUAUCAAAACUAAAACUGUUAACGCUGUUAUUAUUUCAUUGUCAAUAAAAUAUCAUUACAUGUGUA